CAACAGAAAACCUAUAAUCAGUCAGGUGACGAGCCCCUUGUGACAGUUCCUCAUCUCAUUCUUCGCAAAAUAAUUUACAAAAAUAUCAGUAUAAAUCCUAAAAAAUGGCCCUCCAAUCCGCUAUUAAGGGAAAACUGAUCAGCGUCAUCGGAGAUGAGGACACCUGCGUUGGAUUCUUAUUGGGUGGUAUCGGUGAAAUCAACAAGAACAGACACCCAAAUUUCAUGGUGGUCGACAAAAACACUGCUGUCAGCGAGAUAGAAGAUUGCUUCAAGCGGUUCAUCAAACGGGACGACAUCGACAUCAUCCUCAUCAACCAGAACGUGGCUGAGCUCAUCAGACACGUCAUUGAUGGGCACACCGCGCCUGUACCUGCUGUGCUGGAGAUCCCGUCCAAGGACCAUCCUUAUGAUGCCAGCAAGGACUCGAUCCUGCGCCGUGCUAAGGGAAUGUUCAACCCCGAGGACCUGUCGAUGUUCGGAUCUGAAAACUACAGUACCUAGAUAACCAAUUAUUUUAGUUAAUUAUCUAUUUAUAUAUGUAUAAAUUGUUUAUAUUCCAUGUAUGUAUUUAGUUAAAAUAAAAUGACAAAAUAUCAA